CGUCAAUUAAACACCUUACCUUGAAAACCCAAGCCGGAAGUUGGAUAUAUACUUGCAACCGACUUGACAAAGCGAGCUACUGCUAGCAUACAAACAAACAAGCAUCUUGGAAUUUUAGCCGAAAGCACACUUUUUUAAAAUACUUUCACCUUCGGUAGGACGUCUGAUAGCAUCAUGUAUUUGAUGUUAUUCUUCUUAACUAUGAUGCCUUGCUAUUUCUGCACCCGGAAAGACAAACUUUGACAUUCUCAGCCCCUUGUCCACCAUGUGGGUGUGUGUUGCUUUCUCCCUGCUGUGCAUACAUUCAGGAGGAUGCACAGACAUGGUGAACACGUCAGGCCUGUUGCUUGAGUUAACCACGGUGGACUUUUAUGACAAACUCAAUGCCGGGAAGAUGCUUUUUAUCUACUUUCAGACUCAAGUCUCUCCAACCAUCUCGCUCUUCUUGGGGGAGUUGAAAAAGUCUGCGGAGGUUCUGCAGGAUUAUGGCAUCCUGGUGGGCAAGAUCAACUGCAAUGAGGAGCUGAUUCCCUCCCACUGCGUGAAAGAAAGGGCUCCCAACGCUGCCUUUCUAUUUGGGGGGGGUAAGGAGCUGGCCGCUUUGGAUUUGGACACCGUGUUCGACGUCAACUCCAUCGUCUCUGAAGUCCUAUUUGCCAUUUUGCGAGAUGAGAUGAAGUAUGUGCAUUCUGGCGCCGACCUGCUGGCCAUGGAGAAGUCCUGCAGGGGGAAGAAGGACAUGGUGUUGGCUUAUGUCAGCAGUCUGGGGACCCAAGAGCACAGAUGGAUCAUGGAGACGGCGUACGUGUACGGGUCCAAAUACCAGUUCAUCCUCAUCACCGGAGGCCCGGUUCUGAAGCACUUGGGUGCUGUCGGAGCGUGUGGAGUGUGGUUCCUCCACUGCAGGGCUUCCCAGUCUGAGCGCUGCCCUGUGACUCCCAUGGGGACCCCCCUGUCCACGCUUGGCCUGCACACCUUCCUGCAGCUCAUGGAGGCGCCGCUCUUGUCUGAAGUCUACGAAGACCCCUCUGCUGUUCCAGGCCCGCCGUUCCCCUACCAGCAGACCCCCCAGGUCUUUCUCUUCUCCCAUCCCCAAACGGAGCACUCGGACCGGGACACGGCCAGGGCUCUGGCCUGGAGGCUCCGUGGCCUCGCCCUGCUGGUGCUCGUGCACAGGAAGAGCCCACGUGACGAAUAUAACGCCGCGUACAGACUGCCAGACAAGAGCUCUGAGGUCAAGUAUUUGACCUUGCCCAACCUAGAUGAGCUGUUGGAGCUCUUCCUUCAUCAACAGGAAGAUGUGCAGGAGGAGAAGGAGGAGGAGGGAGAGGACAACGAGGACGAAGAUCUGAUGUCUGAUGGGACGUUGGAGGACGAGAUUUCAUCUGGAGUGUAUGAGAAGCGAGGCCGCUUGGUGCACUCGGACUCCGUUACCCGGCUGACGUCCGACCGCUUCCCCGCUGCACUCGCUCAAAGUGGCCUCAAGGUGCUGCUCUUCUACCUCAAAUGGGACGCCGUUUCAAUGGCUUUCCACAGCUCCUUUGUAGAAGUGGCAGAGAGAAUUGCAGAGAGCGGCGUAGAAGGUGUUCACAUGAGCACAGUGGAUUGCGGGGAAUGGACCGACCUCUGUGCAUCUCAGCCCGCUGCCUCGUUCCCGCCCAUCACCGCCUUUCCGACCGUGCUGCUGCUCCGCCCCCAGGAGCCCGUCCAGGUGUACACGGGAAUGCUGGGAUGCCAGGCGCUGCAUCGCUUCAUCUUGCUGAGCCUUGCAGCGUCUCCUCGAGUACUAUCUACUCCACAGGAAGUGACAUCAUUCCUUCACGGGGUGCCUCAUCCUGCGCUAGCGGGCUCCACGCCCCACAGAAUGCUGGGACUUUUCAGCACGCGUUCCUCAUCGGCAGGCGUGCCCGUGUUUGAGCACGCAGCGAGGACGUUACGAGGAAGGGUGCUGAGUGCGCUGCUGACAGACGGCCCGGCGAGAGAAUGGGCUGCAGAGCGCUCAGUGGACCUUCCUGCAGUUUUGUUGUUUGCAUGGUGGGGGGGAGACUCCCACGUCUCCGUGUUGUCCUUGUCCUCCUCUGUGGAGGACUUGCUCUCCCGCAUUGAGGCGGCACUGCUGCAUCCUUUGCCUGAACUGACGGUGGAAAACCUGCCGUCCUUCCUGGGCCUGGGCAAAGCUCUUCUUUUGCUGUUUGUUGGAGAAGAGGAGGACGAGACGGGGCUGAAGCAGAACAAGGCGCUGGUGGAGGAUAUGAGGAGAGCGCUGGAGUUGGGAGGCGAGAGGAUGGAGCAGUACGUGGCCUGCUGGAUCCACCUCGGCCGUACUCCAGCGGGUAUGUCCGUCCUGGGCUCCUAUCUGGGCUCCAUGCCCCCUCUGCCGGCACUGCUACUCACUCAUUUGCCCACCGGACCUGAAGUUUACCAGUACCCGCCUUACUCCCCAAUCCUGGCCCGGUCGGUCCUGCGAUGGCUGCAGCGAGUGGAGGAAGCAAGAGAAUCUCCUGCAGGAGUAUUAAAGGAAGGCGACUGGCCUCCCGCUGUGGAGUUCUAUGACUUCCUUAAAGUCAUGGAUGAGGAGGAGCCCGGUCCGAAAGACGAGGCUGAAGUAGAAGAAGAAGAAGAAGAGGAGGAGGAGGAGGAGGCGGACGCGGCAGAGUCGGCCUCGGAGGAAGAAAGGUCGACACGUUCGUCCUUCCACACGCCGGAUCACUCCGAGUUCUGACAAAGAAACUUUCCAGCGGCGAGAGUCCUUGGCGGAGGAGUCACUGAGCCCAGGUCAGUUCCCGCUCAAUCACCCCCACGUGUCACCCAAGUGGCUUUCAUCGAGCUGGACCUGGACUUUUCAUGUUUUUGCUACUCUUACAUAUUUUUAUAUUGCUGUAAUUAACAAGAAAAACAAUCCGCCGUCUUCCUGCUGCAGCCAUCGUAUUAAUGAACACCCCCCCAUUGCAAAGUGGCUGCAGGUGUGCCCCGCUGCUCCCCCUUGCCUAGCUCCAAAAAAGCCUAACCUGGCAGCGAUGUGGAGCAAAAAGGCUGUGAUUGAUGCAUGUGACAUUGUACAUAUGUUUUUGUUUUAAAUCAGUGCCUUCCUAUAACCUGUGGAUGUCAUUUUCAUGUAGUGCACGGGUGUCCAAAGUGCUGCCCCGGCUGUUUUUUUAUUGGCCCGCCGCACAUUCCAAAAAUAUCACUCAACAAGAAAACUUUUUGAAAAAAACAACAAAAAAUCUGUAGUAAUUUUACAAAAAGUCAAAUUAUUAUGAGAAAAUUGCAACUUUUUCAUUGUUACAAUACAGCCUUUUUUAUCUUAAUAUUUGAAAUUACAGCUGUUUUUUCCAUUUCUGCUGCUGCUGGGUUUUUCCUAACUAUUUUAACUUCCUUGUAAAUUUUCUUCUCUUAAUAUUAUGAAUUUAUUCUCGUAAUAUUAUAACUUUUCUGCAACCUAAUUUUCCAAAAAUCAAAACUUUAUUUUGUUUUGUUUCUUUCUCAUAAUAUUAGGAUUGCUACUAAAAUGACAUUAUUUUUCCUCAUGGUAUUACCGCUUUAUUCUCGUAAAAUGACAGCUUUUUUCUCUUACUAUUUGGACUUUAUUCUUGUAAAAUUACUGUAGAUUUUUAAAUUUUUGCUGUUGUUGUUUUUGAAAAUGUUCUUCUUAAGUGAUAUUUUUAGAGUGUGCUGCGGGCCAAUUAAAAAAACAGCUGCGGGUCACAGAUGGCCCCCGCACCGCACUUUGGACACCCGUGCUUUAGGGUAUCUGUUGGAAUGUGGGCCAGCAGGGGGCUAAUGGCUGUGAACGGCUGUCGGUUGAAGAUGGAGGUGAGGCUCUGUGGACCCGCCGAGGCCGUGACUGGGGAUGUUGGAGAUGGAGGUAAAGAGCAGCGAUGGCAGAGGUGGAUUGGUCUUUGGCGAAGGUGUGGUCUUAGUUUUGUCUUCCGUUGGAAGGAUUAGAAAGAUGCAGACGUAGUAAAGGUCAUAAAACAGCCUCUCCAAACGCAUCAUCUCCUUCCUUCCUCUGAUUUCAUAGAUGAUCCGAUAAAUGGAGCUGCUUCAUGAAUCAGCCAAUCACUGAGGGUGGUUAAACUCAGUUAGGUAGGGGUGUCUGCUCCUGCUAAUCGUUUAUUAGUCAGACAGGCCGUCAUUCAUGCAGGAUACACCACUGGUUUAGUCCUGGAAUCGAAUCAGGAGCAGGACCUCCAUGAGCUUCUUGGUUGAGCACAAGCCAACAGCAACUAUUCGUUUUGGAACUCCCCCCGGAUACACGUUUAGAUUCUCUGUCGUUCAGGUCAUGGAAAUCUGCAAGGGUUCAAUCCAGACACGUGGGCUAAGCACUUAGUACUCUUGUUGGCAAGCACGGACAUCAUACGUUUUCUGGCUGAGACAAGGAGGUUCUUACCCAAGGUUCUAUAUAGAACGUGGCCUCUAGCGUGUCCUAGAUCUCAGGUGUGCCGGGAACACCUCACCAGGGAGACGUCCAGGAGGCAUCCAGGCUUGAUGCCCGAGCCACCUCAACUGCCUCCCCUACUCUGAGCAAACUCCCAAGUACCCUCCAGUACCCUUGCAAGGGUGUAGAGCUGGUCCAGUGUUCCACGACCAGAACGAAAACCGCAUUGUACCUCCAGUAGCCGAGGUUCGACUAACGGUCGUACCCUUCUCUCCAGCACCCUGGAAUAGACUUUCCCAGGGAGGCUGAGAAGUGUGGUCUCUCUGUAGCUGGAACACACCCUGCGGUCACCCUUCUUAAAAAGGGGAACCAUCGCUCCAGUCUGCCAAUCCAGAGGUACGGUUCCCGACUUCCGCGCAAUGUUGAAGAGACGUGUCAUAGCCUGGAGGAAUUCAGGACAAAACUCAUCCACCCCUGGAGCCUUUUUAAUUGAAUGUUUCAACGCUAUGGUACUAAAAUGACAUCAUUUUUCCUCAUAAGAUUACUGAUUUCUUCUAAAAAAAAUUACAACUUUUUUUUCUCUUUAGAAUACGACUUUUUUCUCUUACUAUUUUGACUUUAUUCUUGUAAAAUGACAGCUGUUUUUUUCCAUUUCUUGUGCUGUUUUUUAAACAAUUUGAACUUUUUAAUUCAUUUUCUUCUCGUAAUUAUGACUUUAUUCCCACAAUAUUAUAACUUUUUCCCCCAACCUAAUUUUCAAAAAAAUGACGGCUUUAAUUUGUUUUGUUUUUCCUAAUAUUACCACUUAAGAAAAAACAUAUUUUUUCUUUAAUAUUGUAAGUCUAUGCUACUAAAAUGACAUUAUUUUCCUCGUAGUAUUAUGAUGCUACUCUUGUAAAAUUACAACUUUUUUCUCUUGAUAUUUUGACUACUCUUGUAAAAUUACUGCUCUUUUUUUAUUUUCCAAAUAUUUUUACUUUUUUCUUGUGAAUAUUCUUCCCAUAUUAUGACUUUAUUCCCAUAAUAUUUAGAAAAAUAUUUUUCCCCAACCUAAUUUUCCAAAAAUGACAACUUUGUUUCUCAUAAUACUACAACUUUACAAAAAACAGCCUUCCUUUUCUUUAAUAUUCCAACUAUAUUCUGCUAAAAUGAUUAUAUUUGCUCAUAAUAUUACAGUUUUAAUCUCACAAAAUGUAUUUUUUUUCUUGUUUGAAUAUGACUUUUAUUUUGACUUUCUCUUAAAACUCCAGCUUUUUUUCCAUUUCCGCCAUUUAAUAUUUUUUUGUGAGUAAUCUUGUAAUAUUUUGACUUUAUUAAUAUUAUAACUUUUUCCCCAACCUUAUUUUAAAGAAAAGAGUUCUUUUCUUUACUAUUUCAACUUCAUGCUACUAAAUUAUUAUUUUUCCUCAUAAUGUUACGAAAAUGACACCUUUUUUUUUUAGUAUUUUGACUUUAUUCUUCAAAGACGGCUGCUGAUUUUUGUUGUUUUGUUGUUUUUUUUUGUUGUCUUGUUAAAUGAUAUUUUUAGGAUGUCGGCGGUGAAGCAUGAAUGAAUGAAUGAAUGGAAGGACUCACAGCUUGAAUGUUUGUUGUUGAAUUUGAGUUUUUGUGGCGUCCCGGAGGACACGCUGGUUGCUGUGGUGAUGUUUGUGGUUCUCACUGGAAGAGGAAAAGAAGCCAAGGAGAUGCAAGGAGAUAACGUGCAUGCAAACUGGCGCUGAGUGGGAUCAUCGCUCAAGAUAAAUGUCGUUAUCUCGCCGCGGCGGCGGAAGAUGACAGAAGGAGGGAGUGAUUGGAAUCCGUGCUGGUUUUACUUGCCAUCGACCAAAAAACAAACACAUCUUUGUGGCGGAAGAGUCGGCGUCUGAAAAUGCUACAUCUAAAUGUUAAAUAUAAAUAUCAUUGUUAAAAAUACCAAUGCCAAAUAUGAAUGUGAUUUAUACAUUUCAACGUUAAAUAUACAUUAGCUAAAAGUUAUAUAUAAAUGUAAAUGUUAAAAUAAAUGCUAAAUAUAGUAGAUAGAAAUGUUGCAUAUGUCAGCUAUAGACUUAAAUGUUAAAUAUAACUUUAAUGUUAUAUUACUAUAAAUGUUACAUGUAAAUGUUAAAUAUCAAUAUAGUUGUUAAAAAUAUCAAUGUGACUCACACAUUUAAAUGUUAAAUAUACAUAAAUAA